AGGCUUUUAAACAGUUUAUAUGACGCACAUAUGUACCCGUAGCAGAGUUUCUCUGGAGCCUCAUCAGCGUUCUGAACCUGCCGUUGACCGGUCAUUACUAGCACCGUGACGUCUGUGUAAAGCGCGUUGUUUGUGCAUGUUUGUCCGCCUUGACGAGAUUUACUGCAUCGAUCGAGUCAAGCUUGGGACUACCAACUCGCCUCGCACUCUUCCUCUUGACUCUUUCGCCCUCUUAGAGCACCCUAGAAUCUCUGAGAUACUAUGCCCCCCAAGGCAGCGUCGGCAGAUACCGCUGAACUCGUCGAGCUCUUCAAGUCAAUUGGUCUCACUCAGUCCAAGGCCGCAGAAGCAGCCAAGAGCCCAAAGAGCGCAACUACACUCAAGGAUAUCAUAAGAAAAAAGCAGCUCGCUGGCAAGAACCUCGAUGAGAAGACUGGCGUCCUUCUCGCGGCUCUGGCCGUUCAGGGGAACAAGCUAGACGAGGACGAACGAGGGUAUGCUGUUGAUGCAAUCUUAGAUGGAAGACUGAAGAGCACAGACCAGGUUUCAGGUAACAGGAUGCUAGGAACUGUUGUUAUGCAUCUGCUCAGCUCCUUGCUCGUAUUAUCUAGCCGCUACCAAGUAUCUCGAGUCACACCCCGUCCCAGUCGAUCAGGCCGACUUUGACAAGCAGUGUGGUGUAGGUGCGUAUCACGC